CAGUGUCACAUUUUAUUGCAGAUUACAAUUUUUGCAUUGGUUCUUUGAACGUUGGUUUUACUUGUUUCUAUUUUUUUAACUCUUAUCUGUUAUUCAAGAAAUUGCAGGAAAGUGAUAAGCGACUGUUUAAAUAAUAGCGGCAACGAAACACUGUAUUUUGGGCAAAUAUGUGUGCGAUUUGAGACGAUUGGAAUCUGUAGGAGGUGCUGUUUAUAGUACAAAUAACCUUUUUCAAGAUUUUUUUAUGGACAUAUCAGCAGUUUUAUUAAUAAUAUUGGAUAAGAUAAUGUGAAUGCGCAGAUUUUAAUAUGAAGAAACAGUUCUUUCGUGUGAAGCAAUUAACUGAACAAACUUUUCUCAAAGCCGAAAAAAGCGAAAUUUUCAACCAUGAAGAACUCCAAAUCGCCGAUCAGAAGGUGGAAUUCCUUAGGGGGGCGCUCAGCGCAAUCGCCAAGAAAAUUAUACCGAAUGGUACGCCAACCGACGUAGAAAAAUUAAAGAAAAAAACCAUAGAAUACCAUCUCGGUACGACUUUAUUAGAGGAAUCCAGACAGCCCCAAUCCAGAGAAUGCCCCCUUAUGCACACCAUUUUAAGAGAGUGCGGCCAAUUGGAGCAACAACUCGGCGGAGAGUACGCCGAUCACGAACUGAAAGUGGAGGAAUUGGUGUACUCCCCUUUACAGUACGUCCUCGAGAACGAUUUUCCCAAUAUCCUCAAGCACAAGCACAACCUGAGGAAGUACUGUCUGGACAAAGACUCCGCCAGUAACAGAUAUCAGGCAUCCGGUAAAGAAGCUUUACGGGGGGACAUGGAAGAAGCCGACACCAAAGUAGAACAAAGUCGAGACGCUUUGGCCAUAGAAAUGUUCAGUCUCCUCGCAAAAGAAAACGAGCUAUCCGAAUACAUUUUACAAUUGUUAAAAAUCCAGAGGAGUUAUCACGAAAGUGCCCUUAAAAACCUGCUCGAACUCAUACCCGUUUUAGAGAAGAAAAUCGGCGACAGCUCGGUGAGAAAAGUCUUCGGCACGUCGUUGAGGGAGCACCUGCGCGUCACCAACAAAAGAAUAGCCUACCCGUUGGAAAUAUGCAUAUCGGCUUUGACGGAGUACGGCCUGUCCGAGGAGGGCCUCUUCCGCGUGGCCGCCAGCACGUCGAAAGUGAAAAGACUGAAAGCCGCCAUCGAUUCGGGCUGUUUCUCCUUCCUCAUACCAGAAUACAGGGACGUGCACAUCCUAUCGAGCUUAUUGAAACUCUACCUACGCGAACUACCGGAGCCUUUAUUAACCUUCCAUUUGCACGAAUGUUGGCUGGAAGCAGUACAAGUUCAAGAGCCCCAACGUAUCGAUAAAGUGAAGGAAAUCAUACAGAGGCUUCCGCAGGAGAACCGAGACAAUCUGGCUUACUUGUUCCAGUUUCUAUCGAAGCUCACCAAGCACCCGGAAAACAAGAUGACGCCUUCCAAUAUAGCCAUCGUGCUGUCGCCGAACCUUCUCUGGAACGAGCAGGAGAAUCUGAACAGCAUCGGUAGCUGCGUAACCUUCAAUAUUCUAGUCGAGUUGAUGAUAAAAGAGAGCGAUUAUCUGUUUCCCGACGACGCCAGUAAGCUGGUCAGCGCGCUGGAUAUAUUCCAGGACGAGGAUAUUGGCAGUUUUAAAACGAGCAAUUCGCAUUUGGAUUAUUACGCGGACGGUCCGAGACCUAAUCAGAGAAAGAAAAAGACUGCACCGGUGCCUCCCCUAUACAAAUCGGACAAACACGAUAGCGUAACGAAAAUGACGCCUUCUUCGCCAAAGAAUUCGAUUAAGUUAGACGAAAUCAAAGUGAUACAUAAUCCCCCGCACCAAACGACGCCGCCUCACGUCCCGGCGAAUUCGCCCGUCGCCAAACCGAAGCCCGACGAAUCGCCGGCGAAACCGCCGCCGACGGGCGGCGGCUCGGCGGCGGCGGCGGCGGCGAGCCGAGAGAAAGAACCGGCGGCGAAAUUGGUGCAAGUGAAAAGCCAUCCGGUGGCGUUGCCGCGCCAGAUCGAACCCGCCAAGAAACCGCCGUCGCCCAAUACGAAGGACGGCGCUAGUCAAACGUUGCACAAAUCGGACAGGUCGACGAUGACCGACGAAUCGAAGGGCGUCGCGCAAACCAAACCCGCCGAGCCGAAGUUCGUGUCUACCAUUUACCACAAAAUUUCCAACCAUCCCGCUGUGAUAACGGACAACAAAUCGCUGGACGACAUCGAAGAGGUGUCGAUACGGCGGAAGGAUUUGGGCGCGAGGCCCGAGAUCCCCGCUCGACCGUCGUCGCUGCGAACGUGCUCGGUGUACAACGUGGCCAACAAGCAGCAGCCCAGCUACGUGCACAUCCAGGUGAAGCCGGAGCCGCCGCCGCCGCACCAGCCGGGCCACGACAACAAAAUGGCCGAGAAGGAGCGGUUCCUGGGCCACAAGGCGGACGAGAUCGACUCGAAUCAUAACAGUGACGGCCACACGGCGGACAGAACGUUGUUAGUGAAACCGUUGGAUUGUGAUCGAGAGGGCGAGAUGGCGAAAUCGGUGGAUUCUAUCGUGAAGAAUAACGACGCAUGUGAUAUGAGGAACGCCAAUCGAAAGUCUAGUCAUAACCGUACUAGGUCGGACGGGGGUAUUAUAGAUGUAAAUAAAGGGACGAAUACCGGUAGGAAUUUGAGUAAACCGACGCAACCGCCGCCGCCGCCGCCUGAUAUGAUGUGAGGACUGUUUCAGGUAAAUUUGCUGUUUUAAACGAUCGGAAUUGUUGGUAUCUAAUAUGAGAGUUUAAACGUUGAAGGAAGUGAAUGUUUUAGCCGAACGGAAUAUCGGAAUCAAUUCAUUUCAUGAUUAAAAUUUUGUGCAAUAAAAUGUACCGUUCGUACUAGAUUUUUAUGAUGCUUGGUUUGCUUAUUUUAAUAUGAAUCCACCCUAUGAAACUUGAACCACCCUACGUUGCAAUAUAAUAUUGAAAUAAGCAAUAAGCAUACGUUAAAAAGCAUUUUCGAUGUACAAGGUGAUUUUCAAAAUGUUUAUCGUAAAAGGAAGGCGGUGCAUCUUUAGCUCAUUUUAAGAAAAAUGUGACUCCUCAAACUCACUUUUGAUACACUGUGACAUAAAAGU